CGUAGUAGUACCGCUUCCGGUAUGGUGUGUUUCCAAAAUAACUCGUGAUUCGGACAGCACAGGUCAACAAGACGAGCGAUUCAAACCAUCUCCCCCAACGGAUUAGGACGCCACCCCAGCUGUUCUAAAGAUGGAGCCUCUUUAGACCUCCUUGUGGAUCAUCAUGUGGAGGCUGCAAGGCUUCUUUAGUAGAGUACUCCACAGGUGCCAUGGCAACGCCCCCUUACGGCUGUCCCAGAUCUACUGUGUGGAGGACGAGGUCGUCAAUGGCUCCAAUCUCCUCUCCAACUCUCUGAACACAACUGACAGCAGCUCCCAGAGAGAAAAAGAUGGAGGGAAGGGGAGGAAACAGAAGACCUCACGCUUCUACACUGAGCUCCCUCGCUACACGGCUCUGGAUGCCGUGGGAUGGGGGGCCGCGGCUGCCCUGCUGAUGCAGAUCUGCAGGCGGCUCCACUCCCAGUGGUCCUCGGGGCCCGAGGCCGGCCCCGGCCCAGCCGCCGGGCCAGGAGCCUGGGCUUCUCCCGCGGCGCUGCACAAGUGUGGCUACCGAGUCCUGCUGGAGAUCUUGUCCAAACCAGACGCCUUUCCCAGAGCGGGGGGGGGUCUGUGUAUGCACAUGUUGCCAGAGGGAAAAGGCCAGGCUCAGCCUCAGCUCCACAACUUCAACAGUAGCAGCAGAAGCAGCAGCAGAAGCAGUAGAAGCAGCGAAGACCUGGUGCACUUUUCCAUCGACAGUCUUCGAUCUGACCACCAGAGGGCGGACUUGCGUCACGAUGGUUCUAUACAAGAACCUCAAUCCCCAUCUUCAUCCGCGCACCUUGAGCAAGAUCGCCCGGUGUUUAACGGCACCCAGACGCCUGGAGACGACGGCCCGGAGGUGUUGAGUGGGGGGGAGGGGCUGAUGGAGGCCGCCUCCACCCUGGGCCACGUGGGACACUCCAGCGUACCGGUGAUCCUGAACAUCAUCGGCCUGGACAGCGCCCAGACCCAGCGCCACCAGCAGGCCUUCCCCUGCUUCGCGGCGGCGGCGCGGCGCGGCUACAGCCAGGCCCAGUACAACGCGGCCGUGUGCUGGGAGACGGGGCGCGGCGUGGCCCGGGACACAGAGAAGGCUCUGCAUUACUACUGGCUGGCGGCGGCGGGAGGCCACGCCCAGGCCCAGUACCGCUACGCCAAGCUGCUGCUGACCAGCAGGAGGCAGCCUACCCCUCAGGAGUGGAGCGCCGCCGUGCGUCUGUUGGAGCUGUCUGCGGGCUCCGGGCUCACUGAGGCCCAGGUCUUCCUCGGGUCUGUGUUCUCCCAGGAGGCGGUUGUCGACGGGCGCAAGGCCGUGCAUUACCUGAAGAUGGCGGCAAAGAGCGGCGACGGCAGGGCCUUGCUCCAUUUGGGCCGCUGCUACGACCGUGGCUUCGGGGUGCGGCAGAGCUCCACGCUGGCGACGGGCUACUAUGAGCGGGCGGCCCGGGCAGGAAACAGCCAGGCUCAGGGCCUACUGAGGCUCUGUCGAGAGGACGAGGCUGCGUUGCGCUCCAUCCGCUCAUCCCCGUGUUUCUUCGGUGUGUCUCGCCUCCACCUCCACCACCACCAGCAGCAGCAGCAGCAGCAGCAGCAGCUGGUCUCUCCCCGCAUCACCUCCACCAUCGCCGCCCACCCCCACCUCGCCGCCGGCCUGACCCACUCAUGGAGCACGGGGAGCCUGGCCUCCACCACCUCGCAGCCCCUCCACCUGCACCUCCUCCCUCAGGGUGGAGGAGGCCCCUGUCGCUGGACCCUGGGCGUGUAGAGCCACGCAGACGCUAGAGCAACAUAUGGAAAACCAAAAAAGGAGAAUGUAUUGUGAUUUUAUACGAGUGUGUGGAUCUACAACCGGACAGUGAGGCGAAGACUGUUACAUAGGUCACCUCCUGCCAUUAGCCGUACGUGUGUGUGUGUGUGUGUGUGUGUGUGUGUGUGUGUGUGUGUGUGUGUGUGUGUGUGUGUGUGUGUGUGUGUGUGUGUGUGUGUGUGUGUGUGUGUGUGUGUGUGUGUGUGUGUGUGUGUGUGUUUUUUAUCUGUAAAAAGGAGUGUUGGUGUGUGAUUGAGUGAGAGAGAGAGAGAGAGAGAGAGAGGAUCCUCUAUACUACUACUACUUGCCUACUGAUCAUGUGCUCUCACUAAGUGGGAUGUAGGAGCUGGUAUACGCUACAACAUAAAAUGAGCCAUUUUGGCUGAAAUCUGUCAUAGAAAUAUACCAAGUAUGUUCUGUCCGCAGGCACCGUUGCAAAACGCACAAUACAAAAAUAAAUGUUGUCCCAAGUAGGUCUACCAUUUAUUUGUCAGCAAUAAACACGAAGCAUCUAACGUUAACUUGUUUACUGAAUUGUUAUUUUACAAAUGUUUUUUUAGAGCAUACUAUGUUUCCCAGCACAACUUUAUCAAUUAAUUGUCACUCGCCAGAUUUUUACUUCUAAUAGCCUACUACAUUACAUUUUCCCUGAGGCAUCUACAUCGGUCAAAAACAAGAAACACAGGCGAUAUUUGUUGUUUGUCUCCACGGAUAACCGCAUCACGAUGACGUGUGAUUCCAUUACCUGGCUGGGAACAUGUAAUAACACCAGAGAUUUAUC